AGGGGUCAACUUGAGACGAAUGAACUGUACAUGUCUCGGAUUUUCGAUCAAAGGGAAAUGCAGCUCAGCUUGAGAUUGUUGUCGACAGGUGUAACACUUGAGAAAAGUUACGAGAAAUUCAAAAAAUAUCCAAUACACGGAUUUUACAUAUUCUUCGAACCAAUUGUCGUUAUUAAUGAUUUAAAAUUAAUUGGUUCAGUGUUGAUUAAAGAUUUCCACCAUUUUCUCGAUCGCUUCUCUGACGAUUUAGAUUUUGAUCCAAUGCUUGAACAUUUAUUUUGCGAACGUGGUAAAAAAUGGAGGAAUAAUAGAAUAAAACUGUCACCAGCAUUUACUGCGAGAAAAUUAAAAGAAAUGUUUCAUCUUCUUGAUGAAAUUGGUGAAAAUCUCAAGAAACAUUGUCAAUCACUGUCAAAUAACAGUGAAAUUAUUGAAUUAAAAGAUUUGGCAUCACGAUUUACGACUGAUACGAUUGCAACUCUAGCGUACGGUUGUAUGAGUAAUAGUAUUGAAAAUCCAAAUGCAGAAUUUCGUCUCUAUGGUAAGGAGAUAUUCGAUGGUCAUCCAAUUAAAGUUCUACUCGUCUUUUUCGCUCCAAUUAUUCUUAAAUUAUUGCAAAUGAGAUUUAUCAAGAAGAAAGUCGGUGAUUAUUUUACGAGAAUUUUCAAGGAAGUUGUCAUUUAUCGAAGAGAAAAUAAUGUGACGAGAAAGGAUUUUGUUAACUUACUCAUGGAAUUAAUGGAUAAUGGUUUUAUUGAGGACAAUGAGGAGGGGAAAAAAUCUUCGGAUACACUUGUAACAGUGGCAAAUGUUCGUAAAAUGACAUUAAAUGAGGCGUCUGGACAAAGUUUCGUAUUUUUUGCCGCUGGUUUUGAAACUUCAUCCUCAACAAUAACGUAUUGUUUAUACGAAUUGGCACUCAAUAUCGAAAUUCAAGAAAAACUGAGAUCAGAAAUAAAGAAUGUACUUUCUAAUCAAUUAUUGACAUACGACAGUAUUGGGGAAAUGGUCUAUUUGGACAAAGUUCUAUCCGAGACCCUGAGAAUGUACCCGGCAGUUCCAUUACUAUCACGAAGUUGCGUUCGAAAUUACAAAGUACCAGGAACAAAUUUUUCCAUUCAAAAGGGAAUGAAAAUAAUUAUUCCCAUCUUGGGUAUACAUUUCAAUUCGGAUAUUUAUCCAGAACCGAAAAAAUUCGAUCCAGAACGAUUUAAUUCAAAAAAUAUUACAAAAAGAAAUCCACUUUCUUAUAUGCCAUUUGGUGAAGGUCCCAGAAUGUGCAUUGGCAAAAGAUUGGGAUUAAUACAAACAAAAAUUGUGCUGAUUAAAAUGCUAAUGAAUUAUAAAUUUUCAGUAUGUGAAAAAACUGAAAUUCCAACGAAACACAGUACACGAACAUUUGUACUUACACCCGAGAAAGGUGUUUAUUUAAGAAUUGAAAACAAUGCAGGCAUUAUUGAUUCUAUAAAAAAAAUAAAAAUGUCCAUUUCGUACGCUUAUUGGAUAUUCCAGUGGUUUGCUGUUUUGAUUGUUUCGUUUUAUUUAUACUUAAAGUUUGUGACAUUUACCUACUGGAAAAGAAAAAAUGUUCCCCACGAGAAGCCAAUCGUACCCUUCGGAAAUACUUGGCAAUAUAUUACCAAUCAAGUGUCAAUGGGCGAAUUAAUGCAGCAUAGCUACGAUAAAUUCAAAAAAUUCCCCUAUCAUGGAGUCUACUCUUUUCAUGAGCCCAAUUUAAUAGUCUCAAAUCUUGAUCUCAUUAAUUUAAUAACAAUAAAAGAUUUUCAAUAUUUUCAAAAUCGUAUGCCAGACGAUCAUAUUGAAUUUGAGCCGUUAUUGAGAAAUUUAUUCUUUGAGAGAAAUAAAAAAUGGCGUAGCAAUAGAAAUAAAAUUUCGCCCGCAUUCACAUCAAGAAGGAUAAAAGAAAUGUUUCAUCAUAUUAAAAAUGUUGGGAAAAACUUGAGAAAUUGUUGUACAUCACCUGCCAAAUAUAACGAGGUACUUGAUUUCAAGGAUUUAGCAGCGAGGUUCACGACUGACAUAAUAGCAUCAAUUGCCUACGGAUGUAAAUGCAACAGUCUGGAAAAUCCAAAUGAUGAAUUUCGUUUUUAUGGUAGAAAAAUAUUCGACGUGAAUCCAGUGAAAAUUUUACUUUGCUUCUUUGCUCCAAUUAUUCUUAGGAUAACACGAUUGAGUCCCGUGGCACCAGAUGUUAAUGUGUAUUUUAAUAAAAUUUUCAACGAUGUUGUUGCAUAUCGACGAAAAAAUAAUGUUGUCGAAAAUGAUUUUGUCGAUUUACUCAUCGAAUUGAUGAACUAUGGUUACAUUAAGGAACAACAGUCGAGUCAAGAAGAGGGUGUCGAAAAAGAAUCCGAAGAGAAAGUUAUUGAAAAUGUGAAUAUUGAAUUUGCUGCUGCUCAGGCAUUUGUAUUUUUUGCCGCUGGAUACGAAACGUCAUCUUCGACGAUAACGUAUUGUCUAUAUCAACUAGCUCUUAAUCCGGAAAUUCAAGAGAAAGUACGUUUGGAAAUUAAGAGUGUUAUUUCUAAUUAUGAUGAGUUAAAUUACGACAAUAUUGCAGAAAUGAGCUACUUACACAAAGUUCUUUUUGAAACAAUUAGAAUGUAUCCUCCAGUGCCACUUUUGUCGCGCGUUUGUCUCAAGGAUUACAAAAUACCAAACAGUGAUUUUAUCAUUCCAAAGGGAACGAGAAUUACUAUUCCAGUUUUGGCAAUUCAUAAUGACUCGGAUAUAUAUCCGAAUCCAGAGAAAUUUGAUCCUGAACGAUUUAAUAAUGAAAAUAUUGCCCAAAGGCAUUCUCUAGCGUUCCUAGGAUUUGGUGAAGGUCCUAGAAUUUGCAUUGGUAAACGAUUUGCGUUAAUUCAAACAAAAGUUAUGCUGAUUCAACUAUUGUUGCAUUAUAAGAUUUCAACUUGUGAGAAAACUGAAAUUCCAAUAAAACAUAAUUCACGAACGUUCACUUUGGCCCCAGAAAAUGGUCUCUAUUUGAAAAUUGAAGAAUUGUAAAAAUACAAUAUUCUGAAAAAAAUACUUAAUAAGAAUUUGCCAAAGGAGAUUUAUUUGAAGUUUCAACAAAAAAAUGUAUAUAUCGUAAUUAAUUGAUAUUUUCUUAUAUUUAAAAUUUCGGACACAUUUUUAUUUUUUUCAAUAUAUAUUUUCUCUCUCAGAGAAUAAAAAAAUAAUGAUAACAUUAUUAUGAUUGCAAAAGAUAAAAUAUGUUUAGUUUUAAUCUAGUUUAUAAAGCUUUUGUUUGAGGUCUUCGAAUUCUGCGACUUUUCCAGUAAGAGAUUAAAUAAAUAAAAAUGUUAAUAU